GGUCCCCUCACGCCUUACGGUCCCCUCCGGUCCCCUCUCACCGCGUCGCGCCUUUAGGCGGGCCCAGUCCCGUUUGUGUCCAUGUCCACUUACGCUGUCGCAGUCGCCGGGUGGACUCCAACCAGAGCAGACACGGCAGACACACCCUCGCUAAGAUGGGAGACCGAAAGGCCGUGACCGCAAGCUCAGGUGGCUUCGACGCCGUGGUAGAGCACAUCCUCAUCCACUACCGCUGGGUGUUCGUGAUCGUGCUGCUUCCUUUAUCGCUCCUGUACGACGUACUGCUUUACGUUCGUAGCUGGGUCGUGUUCCAGCUCAGCUCCGCGCCCAGUAAGCACGCAAGCAAGGUCGAGAACGUCGCAAAGCAGGUGAGGCAGUGGAGCGCGGAGGGGGCGAGGACACCCAUGUGCACUGCCCGCCCUUCGUGGCAGACCAUGUCUUUCCGACAUGCCAAGUACAAGAAGACAAUGUUCACCGUCAACGUGAACCUCGUCGACAUCCUGGACCUCAGCGCGGAGCGGAGGACGGUGCGCGUCGAGCCGCUCGUCACCAUGGGGCAGCUGACGGCCACGCUCGACCCGCUGGGCUGGACGCUGCCCUUCGUGCCCGAGCUGGACGACCUGACCGUGGGCGGGCUGGUGAUGGGCACGGGCGUGGAGACGAGCUCCCACAAGCACGGCCUGUUCCAGCACAUCUGCGUGGCGUACGAGCUGGUCCUCGCCGACGGCAGCGUCGUCCAAGUCACGAAGGACAGUGAUCCCGACCUGUUCUACUCGGUGCCGUGGUCCUACGGCACCCUGGGGCUGCUGACGGCGGUCGAGAUAAGGAUCGUCCCCGCGCUAAGGUUCGUCAAGAUGCAGUACGAGCCCGUGCGCUCCCUCGAGGAGGCCGACACCGUCCUGCGCCGGCAGCUCGACCUCCCUGAGGAAAAUGAGUUCGUCGAGGCGCUCAUGUUCUCCAAGGACGAGGGCGUCGUGAUGACGGGCCAAAUGGUCUCCUGCGUGGACUGGGGCAAGCUGAAUGAGAUCGGCCGCUGGCACAAGCCCUGGUUCUUCGAGCACGUCAGGACGUUCCUCCGGUCGGGCCCCGGCGUCGAGUACAUCCCCCUGCGCGACUACCAGCACCGGCACUCGCGCUCCCUCUUCUGGGAGAUUAAGGAAAUCAUCCCCUUCGGCAACAACCCCGUGUUCCGGUACCUGUUUGGCUGGAUGACUCCGCCGAAGGUGUCGCUGCUCAAGCUCACCCAGACGCAGGCCGUCAAGAAGCUGUACGAGAGGAACCACAUCAUCCAGGACAUGCUGGUGCCCAUCGAAAAGUUCAAGGAGUCGGUGCUGUUCUUCGAUGAGGAAGUGGCGGUGAGAGUUCUGCCGACGAUUAUGACUGGGUGUGGGAAA